GGUGGGAGGGGGUGGGAGGGGCUCCGUUCCCCUCUCGUCGUCGCCGGCCGUGUGGUCGAACCGCCGCCGGGCUAAGCGAUGGGCACUCUGCGAGACCUGCAGUACGCACUCCAGGCCAAGAUCGAGGAGCUGAGGCAACGCGACCAGCUCAUCGACGAGCUGGAGCUGGAGCUCGACCAAAAGGACGAGCUCAUCCAGAAGCUGCGCAACGAGUUGGACAAGUAUCGCUCGGUCCUGCUGAGGCCCAGCGGGCUCCACCACCACCACCAUCAUCAGCACCAGCACCAUCAGCAGCAGCAGCAGCAGCAACAGCCUCAUCAGCAGCCUCAGCAGCAGCAGCCUCUUCAGCAGCAGCAGCAGCAGCAUGAUUGUGAAAUUCAAAGUGCAAAUCAGCUUCACGAUAUUCAUCAGCUUGACCAGCAGCAGCAGCAGCAGCAGAUGCUUCUGAAGGAUUUGAAGUUGGCUUGCGUUGCUGCCGCUGAUGAUGAUGAUGACGACGUUGACAUUGGUGGUUGUGGCGGCGGUGGUGGCAUUGCCGGUGACCUUGGUAACAUUGGAAUUGGCGUUGGCGGCGGCGGCAUUGUUGGUGGAGUGAUGGGUGGGACACACGAGGCUGUCGGGAGAGUCGGUGGAGGGAGCGGGGGAGUAGGACACGAGCCUCAGAGGAGCAAGAGACAGGCCAUCUCUGCCGAGCCCACGGCCAUCAACGUCCAGGACAUCGGAGGCGUCAAGCUGCCAUCGUUCCCAAAGAGCAUUGAGUCUCGGGAGUUGAUUCGCGAGGCGAUCCUGGACAACGACUUCAUGAAGAACCUGGAGCUGUCGCAGAUCCUCGAGGUGGUCGACUCCAUGCACCCGGUGGAGUUUGCACGCGGCAGCUGCAUCAUCCGCGAGGGCGACGUGGGGUCGCUUGUCUACGUCAUGGAGGAGGGCCGAGUGGUAGUCACCAAGGAGGGGGUGAAGCUCUGCACCAUGAGUCCAGGGAAGGUGUUUGGCGAGCUCGCCAUCCUCUACAACUGCACCCGCACGGCCACCGUCAAGGCCAUCACGAACGUGCGCCUCUGGGCAAUCGACAGACAAUGCUUCCAGACGAUCAUGAUGAGGACCGGCCUCAUCAAGCAGGCCGAGUACAUGGACUUCCUCAAGAGUGUGCCAUCCUUUCAGAAUCUGGCAGAGGAGGUGAUAAGCAAGCUGGCUGAUGUCAUUGAGGAGAUGCACUAUGAUGCCGGAGACUACAUCAUCAGGCAAGGAGCGAGUGGAGACACCUUCUUCAUCAUCAGCAAAGGGCAGGUGAAUGUAACGAGACAGGCCGAGGGGGUGAGUGACGAGCCUGAGCUCCUCAGAUCCCUGGGAAGGGGAGAUUGGUUCGGAGAGAUGGCGUUACAGGGGGAGGACGUGAGGACAGCCAACGUGAUCGCAAUGGAGCCAGUCACGUGCCUGGUCAUCGACAGAGAGUGAGUGAGUGGAUAGGCGCAGCAGUGGCUACGAGAUGUUAAUUCUCUCGCUUGGUCUGUAGGAGGUUCGCGGGUUAGCUCCCUCGCACGUGGAAGAAUUGGUUAGUUUUUGUGCAGAUGUUUAUAAUUAUUUUCAAUCAUGCCAUUAGUUGGAAUGAAAGUAAUCUCUUAAUAUAAACGGAGGGAUGUUUUUUUUUCCACAAUCAUUAGGUGUGUGCAGCUUGUAAAACCAGUUAAUUUGUACCGAUGAUAAAUUGGCAAAAAUUGAAAAUACUUGUCGUGGUGUCAGGACUCACGUUUGAGAAACCCACUUUAGACUCCGAGUAUAGAUGCAAACCAUUGGCGUUCGACAACAUAGCCGCUGCAAAAUCAGGGCAUUAGUGAUUUUGCUCAAUUAAGCACAGAUUUUUUUUCGUGAUACAAACUUAAAGUCCGUGGAUCCCGGACCCUGCGAGAUGUUAACGCCCUCGCCUGGAAACCAGGAGGUCAUCGGUUCAAUCUCGACCCUGACGAUGCCU